AUUUGGGUGAGGCGAAAGAGAGGGAAACAGUGGCGGCGCGGCAAAAGUGAGUGUUAAAUUCUAUUGCUUGAAAAAUACCACCCCGCCCGCACCCUGAUUUCAAGGUUACCAAAAACUGCACCGACGAGCUUUCAUCUUUCAUCGGUUUAGAGAGAAAGCCUCGUUGACACCAAUUAUCUACCAGCCAUUCUUCCUAUUUUUCAUACUCUCAUCCACUCACUUACUCUUCUCUCAGAAAUACACAUUCACUUUGAAGCCCUAGUUUCCCAGAUUCUAAAUUCAAACUCUCGCUGUCUGUGAUUUCUUUAUCUGCAAACAAAGAGAAGCAAUAUUGGAUUUUUCAGUUUGGAGUAUAAGAAAUUUAGCCCCUUGGUCUUUGUGAGAAUUGAGAGAGUGAAUUUCUAGUGAUCUUGUAUCACUGAAAUAUUCAUCUCUGCGGGAACUUAGAACUUCAAUACAGAGGUCAUUAAGAUGAAAAUAAAGAGAAGAAACUAACUAGUGGAAAAGCAGGUAUAGUAGGAUUUACAUAUAGGAUGACUGUCUUGUGAAGACAUUUUUGGUAAUGCCAAUCGGGAAGUGACGAGACUUCAGCUAGAAGAUCAAACCGAGAUGUCAACUCUUGGAAACACAUCUGUGUCACCUGAAAAGGCAAGAACAGCUGGUGGGGGCCAUCACACUGCAUCAGCAGGUAAUAUGUCUGAGAAUCUUGGUGCUGACCAAUCAAGAGAAUCAUGUGAAAACACAGUUCAAAAUCUUAAUCAGUCAGAAUAUCGAGAGAAAUCACCUGGUCAGCCUAGAAAAAGAAAAUCUAUUUCAGGAUCCCCAAUUAGCAGUACUAGACUUCUACGUUCGAAGUCGAAGGAGAAGUCUGGAGCUUCUGAGGCAAAAAAUACUGUGGUAACUCAUGAUGCUACCGAGGAAAAGAAAAGAAAAAGGAGAAAGAAAAAACACAGUAAACAUAUAGCUGCGAACGAAUUCACAAGAAUCAGGGGCCAUCUGAGAUACUUAUUACAAAGAAUAAAAUAUGAGCAAACCUUGAUUGAAGCUUACUCUGGUGAAGGCUGGAAAGGACAAAGCUUAGAAAAGAUAAAGCUGGAGAAGGAGCUACAACGAGCGAAGACUCAUAUUUUUCGUUACAAAUUGAAAAUAAGAGAUUUGUUUCAACGCCUUGAUACAUUACUUGCUGAAGGGAGGCUUCCAGCAUCUUUAUUUGACAAUGAAGGGGAGAUCGACAGUGAAGAUAUAUUCUGUGCGAAGUGUGGCUCUAUGGAUCUGCCAGCUGAUAAUGAUAUUAUUCUCUGUGAUGGCGCUUGUGAGCGUGGAUUUCACCAGUUGUGUGUGGAGCCACCUCUGUUAAAAGAAGACAUUCCACCUGAUGAUGAAGGCUGGCUUUGUCCUGGCUGUGAUUGCAAAGUAGACUGCAUUGACUUGCUUAAUGAUCUUCAAGGAACAGAUCUUUCUGUCACUGACAGCUGGGAGAAAGUAUAUCCCAAGGAAGCUGCUGCUGCUGCCUCCGGGGAAAAGCUGGAUGAUAUUUCUGGUCUUCCAUCAGAUGACUCGGAGGAUGAUGAUUACAACCCUGAAACUCCAGAUGUAGGAAAAAAUGAUUCGGAAGAUGAGUCGAGUUCUGAUGAAUCUGAAUCUGAUUUUUACUCUGCAUCUGAAGACUUGGCAGAAGCCCCUACUAAAGAUGAUGAGAUCUUGGGGCUUUCUUCUGAAGACUCGGAAGAUGAUGACUUUAAUCCUGAUGAUCCAGAUAAGGAUGAGCCGGUUAAAACAGAAAGUUCAAGUUCUGAUUUUACGUCCGACUCUGAGGAUUUUAGUCUGAUAGUUGAUACUAAUAGGUUGCGAGGUGAUGAACAAGGGGUUUCCAGCUCAGUAGAUAACAGUAUGCCAAACUCGGCUUCCCUAGAGGAAAAAGCUAAAGUUGGCAAAGCUAAAGGGAAUUCGCUGAAGGAUGAGUUGUCUUAUCUUAUGCAGUCUGAUAGCCCUCUUGUCUCUGCCAAAAGGCACAUAGAGAGGUUGGACUACAAAAAGCUGCACGAUGAAACAUAUGGAAAUGGGUCUUCUGAUUCUAGUGAUGAAGAUUAUGAUGAUGGUCCUUUACCCAAGGUGAGAAAGUUGAGAAACGCCAAAGGUGCUAUGGCUUCUCCUAGUUCGACUCCUGCAGAUAUCAAGUAUCAAAGUGGGAAACAAAAAGGGAUUGGGCAUGCUUCUGAUAGUGGAAUCUCUGAGAAACUCAAAGUUGGAGGCGCGGGCACCUCCGAAUCUCCUUCAAGUGGUAAAAGAAAAACAUAUGGAGAAGUCUCCACCAAGAGACUAUAUGAAUCCUUCAAGGACAAUCAGUAUCCUGACCGUGACGCAAAGGAGAAGUUGGGUAAAGAAUUAGGGCUAACAGCUCACCAGGUCAGUAAAUGGUUUGAAAAUGCUCGUCAUUGCCAUCGUCAUUCUCCUAACUGGAACAAAAUUAUGAGUCAGAAAGUGUCGGAAGAAUCUCCAUCCAAAUCACAGAUAAUUGGAGAACCACUUGGAACUGAAUCUAAUAGCAUCAUUGCUUCCUGCAAUGGGGUUGAGAAAUUGGAACAACCAAAGCAAUGUCUAAAUGGAGAAAAAGGUCAUGCAAUAGAUAAGAGUGAAGAAGAAUUGUUGAUACAGGACACCAGUGGAAAAAAAUCUAGUGAACCAACUAAAAAAGUUCAUACGACGAGUCAAGGAUCAGAGGACACUCCCCGCAGUAAGACUUCCAAGAAGCAGAAGGCAAAAGUUGGUACUGCGAAUUCUCAGAAUGAUAAUACAACAGAACAAGCAUCGGGUGGCACUCCCUGCAGUAAAACUUCCAAGAAGCAGAAGGCAAGAGUUGGUACUGCAAAUUCUCAGAACGAUAAUACAACAGAUCAAGGACCAGAUGAUACUCCCCAAAGUAAGACUCGCAAGAAGCCGAUGGUGAAGGUUGAUACCCCUAAUUCUCAGAACGUCCGUAGAAGUAGUAGGUUGCAGAAACAAGGCUGAAGAGUGGAAGUUCCAAAUUCUGGAAUCUCUUGUGUGGAACAUUAUCUAACCUGGAAGUUUUCUGAUAUCGGUGAAUGGUUAAAGAUUGAAACGUUAGCUAGUUGUAGGUGGAACUUUGCAGUACAGAAUCAUGUGGAGUCCUCCGGAUCAAUCUUAACUCAUUCUGAAUAUGCAUCAUGGAGAGUCCGAGAGAUUAGCUGAAUUUUGUUCUUAGUAGUUACCCAGUGAUUAAAGCUGUGGAUCUAUCAGGGACUAGAUGGUAUUUAAAUUUCAAUUAUGCUUUACAUUUAUGUCUCAAUCGUACAGUAGACAUGGUACGGUGUUGCAGAUGAAAAUGUGUCUUUUCUUUUUAUUUACUUGGUUUUCAUUGUCCUUCCGUUGUGUAACUGUCAGUAAAGAUGAACCUAUUUCAGUUGAAUUGCUGCUCCAUUUUGGUGAAGACAAAUAUAUCAUUUGUUAAGAAUUA